CUUCCUCUUCCCGUGCUGGUGCCCGCCAGAGAAGAACGAUAGAAAAUGGCGAGUCAGUGCAAAAGGCAGCAAUGCACGAUCGACAGGCGCGGCUUUCGGCAGGAGCUUGACUCGUGGCGACACAAACUCAUUCACUGUGUAGGUUUUGAGAGCAUUCUUGAAGGCCUGUUUGAUCCAGAGCUGGUAGAAGACCUAAAAUUAUUUAAGGACUCUGAGCCAAUAGCAGUGUCUGACUGGUCAUUCGAUGAAAAUUGUCUGUUUUGCUGUUUGAGACGAGACAAAGUGAAGGAAAACUUAAUUGGCUUAAACAAGGAGGGGCUUGAAGAUACACCCAAACCUCUCCUGGUGAAAGAUCCGACCACAAUCAGCAGACUAGAGAAACAAGCUGAGGAGUUUCUCAAUGCAGUCCUCUACAGAAAAGAUGUGCCAAAUUUCUCGGAUCCAAACAUUCCAAUAGUCGCUCGGGAGAUCCUUCAGAGAAUGAUCCGACAGUUUGCUGCCGAAUAUACCUCAAAAACCAGCCCCACUCAGGACAGUUGCUCAGACUCUCAGCCUUGCUCUGACCAAAGCCUGCCGACUCCACCCUUGCUCGCAGGGGCUCCUCCUUCUGCCAGUCCUGCUGCCACCCUGGCUGGGCCUGCACACAACCAGAACCCUGUCCUCAGCAAGCUCCUCAUGGCUGACCAGGAUGCUCCUCUUGACCUCACCAUCAAGAAGCCCCCAGCUGAGCCCAGCGAACAAGAUGGAGUCCUCGACUUAUCUAUCAAGAAGAACCGCCACAGCAGCAACCUGGCUGUCCGUAGUCCCUGCCUUUCUCCAGCCACACCCACGCUCAAGGGUGAGUCUCCUGACUUGCGUGUCACAAAGGCAAAAGACUUGCAGUCCACCUCCACACUGGAACAGUUCAUGGCCAAACUCUGCCCCCACCAUCAGAGACAGAUAGUAGAUGCCAUUGGUUUUCUACAGACUGAGGUCAAAGCACUAGCAUCCUCCAAUACACAGCAAGCUUACAACUCUACCUCUGGGAUACAGGGAAGUGCUUGUUCCACUGAAAAAUCCACCGCAGUCACCCCUGAGAAGUCAAGCCCUCAGCUAAGAUUUCCCAGCGAAUCCACUCCCAAGUCAGGAGUCCAGGAUAUAUCCCAUUCUAUCCCAAGCAGUUGUGCAAUGGAGAAAGUCCCAGACAAUGCAGUGUCACUGAAGACGUCAGUUACUGCUGGCUCUGCUUUGGAUCUUUGCAGCCCUGGGUCAGGGAGUAACCAUGCUUUGGUCACUCCCACCACUUAUCCAGUAGACACGGACAACACCAGUCACGGUGACCAUGCACCUCUUAAGAUGAAAAUCAUGACCAGUAAUGUUGCUGAUGGUAAGAAGUUGUCAUGUGUGCUCAAUGCCUCUCUUUCAUCUCACUCUGAAACUUCAGAAAUUAGACAGGGAAACUCAAAUUCAACCAACAGAAUAGAGACUCACAGCGCUAGACUCAGCACUUCUGUGAAAAGACACAAUCAGACCAGUCACAUACAUCAAGCUAGGCAAAGAGAGACUCUUGGGAAUGCUAAAGAUACACCAACCAAACUGUUUUCAGUCCACAUGAGCAUUCCUCCAGACUCUCCGCGGACUGCCAGGAAGACCAUCAGGUCAUCCUCCGAUCUUCGGACUAGAGAAUCUGCUUGUAGGGGAAUGGUCGACCCUGAUCUUGGCCACUGUGACAUUGUUUUUAUUGACAAACCAAUUACAGAGUGUUUUAAGGAACAGCGGCAAAGCAUACUUCCACGCCGCAAUGCCAGAAAAAGCACCAGAGGUCAUAUGUAUUCAGAUGAAAUCUGGGAGUUGAAAACUGUCCGCACAUUGGCUGGUAGGGGAAACUGUCCUAAUCCAAUGCCAGAACUGAUCACCCUGGUCACCCCAAAGCAAAUACUUUCAAAGCCUGAAGGUGUACCCCCUGUGGAUAUGCCUUUUGCUGGAUCAUGCAGGGAAACAAUAAAUCAGCAAAUGUCCACAGAAGAGUCAGAUGAGAGUGUGAUACCAGGGACAGGAGAUGUGGUGGAGGUUGCAGACAGUGAAGAUAUUAUUGUUGAAACUAGUCAAACAGAUCAGUGUCAGAGCAAGGGGCAGUCUGCUCCUCCAUCUCCAAUAAAGUCCCCAACAGAGAACAAAGAAACUGAGAUGAACACCAAUGUAGACCUGGAUAGAACUGCAGAUCCAGGGACAGCAACAGGAGGGGAAGACAGUUUUGCCCAGGCUCCAUCUGAACCAGGAACACAUAUUGAGCCUGAGCCUCAAGAAGACAUACCUGAAAGUACUGAGCAGACAGAAGCUAAAACGUCAGCGGAACCGUUAGAGAAUAUAACCAUAAAAGAAACUGAGCAUGAGGUUUCAUCAGAUAAUCCAUGCAACAGUGAGCCUGUUCUCCAGGAGAAUACAGCCCCAUCACCCAUGAAUCAAGUUGAGGAAGAUGUAGAGGAAAACGAAAAGGGCAAAAUACAAGAUGAGCAUCCUCAGGAACUUCAGCCAGAGACACCGUUACAUUAUAACAACUCUGAAGAAGCAGAAGAAUCCAGCAUUGUUGAUUCAGCAGAGGAGCCAAUUGUGAAAGAGCUGGAGAUGGAAACAUCUGAAACUGUUGACAGUGUAACGCCUUCAGAGACUAAGGAUAGUAAUGAUAUUGACUAUGACGUGUCCUCAAAGACACUUGAUGCGCUCUUGAAGGAAUUACCCCCAUGGCGCAGAAAAAAAGGUACUGUAAUCUCGCUGCCAAAGCGGUUAAAACAAACGAAAGCAGUGAUAGUAGGUUUCGUUAAUGGUAGACCCAUAUCAGCCUCUGACAGAAGUCUGCGUCGCAGGUCAAGUAACAGCGCCACAUCACCUAACAGAACCCCAGUGAAAUCUAGUCAGAAUGUAGCCAAUAAAACCUCUGUUGACUCAAAUAUUGAUUCACCUGUUGAAAACAAACAUUUGGAGACACAUCUACCUGAAACAUACAUUCCUGUAAAUUCAAAUGAGACUGUUCCUGUGAUUGAGCAGGUGACAGAACCAUCUUCGGCAAGCCCACAAUCUAAAGUUCCUUCAAGGACCAAACAAAUCCAGAAACAAAAGAGAGUUCAGCGAAAUCAAGAUGGUUUGCCUGUCCUUUCUGAUCAGCCUGUUGAUAGUCCUCAGAGCACUGAGUCCAAACGGCAGCUUAGAUCAGCCGGCCAGAAGCCAGACGGAACUCCUGUAUCACCGCCCACUGGUGUCACUUCCGACACAACCCCAAAACCAACUGCUACCCAUGCUCUUCAAUCGACAGAGCUCCCCCUCCCCCUUCCAUCGCCACUUCCUGCUACUUGUCCUCCUCUAAUUGGAUCAUCUCCCCCUGCAGCCUCUGAACAGUCCCAACAUAGCACAGUCCCAGAGACAACUUUAGAACUGAACAUAGAAAAAUCUCAGCCAGUAGAGACAACAGCUGAAGAAACGGACAAAAUUGAAAUAGGAAGUGGAUUGCCAUCCAAACAGAAACUAAGGUCUGCAAAGGCUGUAGAUGAUGGUAAGGAUGAGAAACAGCAGAUAAAACGUAAACGGGUUCUCAGAAAGGAUGGUGAAGCAAGUGAUACUGCUUUGUCACAGAAGCCAAACAUAGCACCUUUGGAGGACAGGGCCGCAAGUGAGGAUGAUUGCAAUUCUUCUAUAUCAGACAAACCCACAAGAAUGCCAUUAAGGAGUGAGGGCAGCAAGGCUGAAAUGUUCCACCAGUUUGGUUCUCAGUCACCACCACUGGACAACAAGAAACUAGCUUUGAGAUCACAAACAACGGCUCCACCUUCUACCAGUGGUUUCACUGUAGCUGGAAGACCGAGUGAUGUAGCUUCCCCUACCAGAAUAGAGAGAAAACUUAAAGCUCAGGCUAAGCCCACUCCCGUGUCUGGCACAUCUCUAUCACCCCACAGCUCAGCCAUCCCUGACAUUCCCUUGACAACAAGGCCCGAGCCCCCAAAACAAACUACUAACAAAUUCUUUGAGACUCUAACUGGAGAAGAAAACCAACAUCUAAUUACAAAUUUAAACAUUAAGUAUGAUAAAAUGCAAAAAGGCUGGGUGCAACUGGACAAAGAGGGCCAGCCAGCAACAAGAUACAAAAAUAAAGCAGACAGACAGGCAGCCAUAUGGAAAAGUAAACGCAGGGCCCGAAAACCAAAGUCUUCAGAGAACCAGAAAUACUCACCAGUCCAAAUGCUCUUUAUGAAAGGUUUUAAUCUCAGCAGUAUUUGUCGCUGGUUCCUUGAAUCAACAGAAACAAAGUCCCUCGUCAUUGUCAAGAAGGUGAAUACACGUCUUCCAUCAGAAACGCAGCUGUGCUUCCACAGCUCAUCUGGUGCUUCUGGGACAUCUCAGGGGGUAUUUCCAAGCAUACAGGCAGAACGCUUAAAGAAACAUUUGAAAAAGUUUGCCAUCGCCUCUCCUGUGAAGAGCAACCCCAAAAGUCAGAAGUUGAUUGCUAAAGCGCUGGAGCAAGAGGCAAAUGCAGUUAAAGGGAAAGAGAAGAGAGACGCUCCCGGUACCACUCAGACUUUGACCAAGUCACACUCCUCUGCUAAAGCCUGCGCACAGAUAGCUGAAUCCCAGAAAUGCUCUGGUAAAUCGAAGAAUCCAGCUAGUGCAAGGAUCUUGAGGAAAUACUCUAAUAUCCGAGGGAAGAUGCAGGUUCAACAAACCAAUGUUGGAAUGAAAAAGGCAUCAAAAACCUUAAAAUCCAACAAUAUGAAAAAACUGGCCACCACAAAGUCUGCCGGGAAGUCAAAUCUAAAACGUUCUCUGAAGGCCCAGAAGUCCCCCCUGCGUGUCAGCAAACAAAUGAAAGAAUCUGCAGCAAAAAUGGCAAGAAGGAAAAAAUUGGCCAGCAAAAGAACUGGAAAGCAUCCUGUUCACGGGAGAGCAGCCAAGGCUCGUGGUGGUAGUGGUAGAGCUUCAAGAGACACAACUAAGAAACAAUUGCCAAAGAGAUGUUCUCGACGAUUAGGGUCACCGAAAACAUCUGAACAAAACCUUGUUGAUACAUCUAAAAACAAGAUUGACAAUAAAAGGCCAAGUGAACCAGAGAAGGCGGAGGUGGAAAAACCUGCUGUGACUAAAAUGCAUCCUGUAAAAAUCCAAGCUAAGGAAUCAUUACAUAGCACACUUGCUGAAAUCAAAGUUACAGAGAAUGCUUUUGAAACCUCUCAACAGAGCACGGAUGCUAAGGGUCCAGCCUCACCUGACCAGGUACUAACAAGAUCCCAGAGAAAAAUCGAGGUGGCUGUCCCUUUGAGUGGGAGCCCCGGCCGUGCUGCAAAGCGGGCCAAAAAGUCCAUGACAACACAAAAGGCAUCUCUUAAAUCAGGCAGGAGACCUGAGGAACCUGCGCUGACGAGAAGGGGCUCUUUAAAAAACCCUGCAAAGAGAAGUCAGGCAGCCCUGUUGCCACGCGGUGCGACAAAAGCGGCGACAAAGAGAGCUCGGGAGCUUUUGGAGACCCCAGCUAAGCGCACCAGGACAUCAUUCUCAAAAUAAAAUGGGCCUGUGGAGAGAUCAUCUUUAUUAAUAGGAUUUUGUGAUUUUCUGUUUUUUUUUUCUUUCUUUUAUCUGGAAUAUAUUCAGACGGACCAGAAGUAUCUAUUUUGUAUUCUCACCAGACUUGCAGAGAAUAUCUUUGUCAGCGGGCAAGUAUGGGAAGAAGGAACAGAUGUUGAAACUCAAAUAUGCUUUUGUAAAGCUUCGGUGUGAAGUUGCAGAUGUGACCGAUUUAUUUUCUGAGCAUGUGCUGCAUUUAGGGACUACAGACCAGUCCUACAGGAUGUCUAGCUGAUGUAGUUGCUGUUUGGCUUCACGAUCCAGCACUCGACACGGCUGGAGAUAACAAAAGGAUAACACAAAUCAAGCUAUGAUGCAAGGUUGCAUAAAUUCAUCCUCUUUUGUUUCCUUCUUGUGUAUAGUUAUUGUUUUAGAUUAUAGCAUGCACUGCAUUUACUGUUCAGAGAGCUUGAUGUGAGAAGGGCGAUCCGCUUUUGAAUAAAAUGUUUUACUCACAAAGCAGUAGGCAGUGUGUAUCUCCAGCCUGUCUUCCAAUCACAACCUUGUGAAUAUGUGACUUUUGUGACCAGGUGCCUUAUUUAUGAAGUGUAAAAAUAAUAGAAUGUGUCGCUAAAUGUGAAAACCCCUGUCCUCCAGUUGUAACCGCUUUCAGUCCUUUGAGAGAUGGUCGACAUCCAGCUGUUUAUGCUCCACACAUGUUCCUCGUGCUUCAUCGGUGAAUUCUCACAUUGACUGACGGGUUUGUUUUGUAUGCCCAUUAUCCCAGAGCAUUAACAUAAAAUGGUUGUCAAUAUAGUUGUAUUUGGUGUUAAAACAAAUAUGGGGCUGAAUUGUUAAAGCAGACAGGCAUGUUCUGUAUGCAUCAUUACUAAGGUUUGUGUUUUUGAUGUUGUUUUGGGUCAGUUUUCAUCACCUGCACCACUCUGCCACUGCUAUCUGCUCAUCACAGUGACUUUACUGAGUAUUUUACCUGCUCCUGCCUGUGUUAAGUCUUGUUAACGAAACUGUUUCAGAACCAGAACCAUUUUAUUCCCCUGAUCUUUGAAAAUACUAACCCCAAUACGAGACUAUGCAUGCACAUUUAGUGCGCAUUAAAAAGGCUGAACUGAAAAAUCAUCUGAGAUGACUUUUGGAUACUGGCUUGUGUGUCCACGCAUCAACUGAAAAGUAUGUAUAUUUGGUUGGUUAAUGUGACUGAAGUUUAUGCCCUCUUUAGCAUUAAUGGCACACUACAGGGUGAUGAGUUCAGUCUCUUGAUUAUUCACAAGUCGGAUAUGACAUUUUUCGAGGUAGUCCAGUCACACUUCUGAGUUGUGUAUCCAAGUUUGUUGCAGUUUUAUUAAUGUUAUUGUUUUUAUUGUCAUUGACUGUCAGGCAGAUGUUCUCAUAAUGUGAAGUUGUUGUUUUUUGUUCUUUUACUUCCAGGUUAGUACCUUGCAUUAGUGUUUUGUCAAAUGAAAAAUACCAGUUUUAGCACAGUGUUAUUUUAUUUUGGUCAGUUCUCUUUAGAGGGUAAAUCAUCUGUAAAUGCAAAACAUGUCUGUCAUGUUUUUAUUGUUAUUUAAGAGCUCCAUGUAGGCUAAUACAUUUAACAAAUCUUCAACAGCCCACCAAAUAUCCGACAUGAACAUGUUUAUUCUUUACAGUUGCUAUUUAAAGAUUUUGAUUUUGUAUAUUAGAAAGAAAUAACUGCUUUAUUUGUGGUAAUCCCAAGAUUAUUCAUCUUUAUGUUAAGAACUUUGUAUUUUUGCUGGAGUUGAUAAAAAGAUGUUUGAAUUUUA